AUGCACACAAAAAGUAUCAAAGGAUUUCAAAAAGUGCAAGGUGAGUAAAAUUUGGAAAAACGCGAAACCGCCAAAAAAUCGGCUGGACAAAAUGAUAUGACCACGUGGUUUAAUUCAAUCUUUUACUAAUAACCACAAUUUAACAAACAAUCCUAGUAAUGAGUGAGUCCUCCACUGAUUACUAGGACUGGUAUGGGGACACGUUCGGCCAGGUUUAGACGGGUUUGAACGCGUUAAACCAUGUUUGAUGCAGAGCUACCCAAACUGGUGAUUUUCUUCCAUUGACGCUUUCCAAAAGUUUUAAAUGACGUUUUUAUCAUGUGAUCUAGACUUGUAAUCACCUGUAAAACUUUCGCUUUUCGCACGAAAUCCAUGGUGGUCUGGUAGUGUGGAUUCAGCAAACAUCCGGUUACCAUGUCCAGCUUUGGCGACCCAUUAGCUAUUUGACCCUGGGGAUAGAUGUGCUUCUUAGGUUUAAAAUGUAACCCGGAAUCUCUCUAGAAACCGACGAAGCCAAGAAAAGUCCCCGCUGACACGAUCACAGCUUUGCAGAUGCAACUUUGCCGACCUUCACCUUAACCAGCAAAACCGAGUUUUUCAAAUGGAUUUUUAGAGAUGCAAAACGGCUUUCAAACGAUGGCCUAUGUAAUUUUAGAACCUACAGCACACCUCAUGCAUCCUGGGCCAUCAAAUGAACUGUUUUUUGUCGCUAACGAUCCCUUUGGAAAACUUGGCUUUUCUGGUUAAGGGGCACAUCGGUGCAGUUGCAUCUGCAAAGCUGAGAUCGUGUCAGCGGGGACUUUUUUUGGCUUCGCCGGUUUCUAGAGAGAUUCCGGGUUACAUUUUAAACCUAAGGAGCACAUCUAUCCCCAGGGUCAAAUAGCAAAUGGGUCGCCAAACCUGGACGUGGUAACCGGAUGUUUGCUGAAUCCACACUACCAGACCACCAUGGAUUUCGUGCGAAAAGCGAAAGUUUUACAGGUGAUUACAAGUCUAGAUCACAUGAUAAAAACGUCAUUUAAAACUUUUGGAAAGCGUUAAUGGAAGAAAAUCACCAGUUUGGGUAGCUCUGCAUCAAACAUGGUUUAACGCGUUCAAACCCGUCUAAACCUGGCCGAACGUGUCCCCAUACCAGUCCUAGUAAUCAGUGGAGGACUCACUCAUUACUAGGAUUGUUUGUUAAAUUGUGGUUAUUAGUAAAAGAUUGAAUUAAACCACGUGGUCAUAUCAUUUUGUCCAGCCGAUUUUUUGGCGGUUUCGCGUUUUUCCAAAUUUUACUCACCUUGCACUUUUUGAAAUCCUUUGAUACUUUUGGGGUACAUGUUACAUUGCUCCAUACUCACUUUCACCAAAUAUUAAAGCAAUUCAUUUACUAUGGACAAAUUGCCAGCGCAAAAAUGUGGUGACCAUAUCAUUUUGUCCAGCACUGUACAACGAUCGGUGCUUUAGCAGUCCAUUCUGGCAAGGUUUUUUCAAGUUCUUUGAGGUUUGCCUGUAUUCGACCUCCCUUUUAUCGCUUCUUUAUGCGUUUUCCGGAUUAUUAAUGUAAGUCGCAUAUGGUACACUGAAAAUUUUUUGAUGUUCAGUUCGAUUCCCUGUGGACAUUUGGGACCAUGCAGGGUGUCUGGUCGCUUAAUCGACUUUUUGGAGCGGGAUUUACGUGAUUUGGCACUUCUGUGGAUCCUUUGCAUGAAGACAAUGUUCUGCAUAUCCCGAUGUAAAAACAAUGACAAAAGGGACCUUCAUUUUUUGUUCAAUGUAAGUCAGGUGUUCUAAAGACAAUGUUUAUGACUAACAGGGGAAGUAUUCCAAGUGCGACGCUCAGAUUUUGAUGAAACCUGGCACAAAUUUAGAAUAAUUUUUUCUAAAAUAUAUGCGAGAAUCUUAGCUCGCGCUUUGCAGAAACAACCUCGAUUUUUAGAUCGAAAGUGGGUGGAAAUUUGACACUUUUUGCCGAAUUUCGGCACGAAAAGUUUCAUGCCUAUUUCUACCAUAGAGUGUGAUGUUUCCACAAAAAAUCAAUUUCUUCCGCACGAAACUAGCAAAGGUAUAGCCAAAAGGUGUUUUCCACUCUGUCCGCUCUCCGUAUUUAGCGUACUCUCUCGGCGGCAAAGAUCGUUCGAUAUCUCAUCGGCGCCCGCAAAGCGCGAGCUAAAACUUUCAGGAAUUGUUACUUAGUUCAUGCCCGACGUGUGUUCAAAAUUUGAAGAAGGUCGGACUUUGGGUACUUUCCUUAAAAAUCUUUGAUUUUCAGUACGAUCAUGAGCUCGUGGAAGGUUGUCAGUUUCGUGCUGAUCAAAUCCGCGAGAUCGGAGGGACGGAUUCCCAAAUUAUCGAAGAAAUGAGAGCAAACAAGCUGUCUGACUGGGAAUUGGAAAUGGUUUUGGCAUCUCCACUGAAGAGAAAUGUUUAUUAUACAACUUUGUUUUAUUGCCGACUUUUUCAUCGGACCUUGUUCACCAUGACAGCCAUAUUAUUAUUUGCUUUGUUGAUUAACACAUUGUUUGUUGCUGACAAAAUGUUCAUUGUUGAAGGAUAA